GAAACACGCAACGUCGAACUCGAAACGAAACGUCAGAAACGUGUCAAGUCAAAAUGAUAAUAAUGUCACUGAUAUCGUCGUUUAUGUUUUAAUGAUAUGAAUUUAGUGCAUUCAUCUCGUUAAAUAGAAUUCGCGUAUCCAACCAUGAACUCAUCGGAGAGUGAAGGGGAUUUUGAAAGUGCCGAUGAAGAUCUUAAUGAUGAUGAUGAUUGUAAAAGUCAAGAAGAAAAUGAUUGUGCUAAAACAUCCACUAAUAACGAUCAUAUUGAUGUAGAAGCAAGUAAUAAAAAUGAGAAAAUUGCCUGUGAAACAAUUUCAUCAGUAAAGAUAGAUGACAAGUGUGGUAAUCUUGAUUUGAAUGAAGAACCUUUUAGGAGUGAUACUAGAGAAACAGUGCCAAAGAAUGAGGAUGAUACAGAGAAAGCAUCAAAAUCAAUCAUAUGUCAGACAUUAACUACGAGUGAAGGUGAAAAAACUGUACCUGAAGUCAGGAAGUUGGAUACAAAACUAAGUGAUAAAUCAUCAGAUUUUCAACAGGAAGAAGACAGCACAUUGUCUGAAAAAGAAAACAAUAAAAGAUCAAAUAGUCAGGAAAAGAAAAAUAAGCCAUUGAAACUUGGAACAAAGCUCCUACCAAAAGAAAAUAAAACACAAGGUAAUAAUGAUAGUGAUUCUAACACAAUAAAGAAUGUAAACAUCAAGGAGAACAUUUCCAUUUCUGAAGACGAAAACGUAAAAUCAUCACAAAAGUUUAAUUUACCCGACGAAAAGAGUUUGGGAACGAAUGACGGAUGGGAAAUUGAAGAGGAUGGAUGCAUUUCCACUUCUGAAGAACUAAACAUUGUUAAAUCAUCACAAGAGGUUCAUUUAGCCGAUGAAACUAAUUUAGAAACAGGUGAUGGAUGGGAACUUGAAGAGGAAGACGGCUUUGAAAUUCCAGCAACAUUAACUAGUAAAAAAGGUGACAUUGGGAUUGAAUACACACCAGAGCAAAUAGUUGGAAGCGAUCAAAAUGCACCAAGAGAUUUAAAAGCAGAAGAACAGAGCUGGGGUGGGUGGGGAGGCUGGGGGGUCAGCUCCCUGUUGUCUACUGCUUCUGGAACUGUAACUUCAUUCUCCAGCCAAGUAACCGCUGGACUCUCCACUGUCAUAGAGACCACAGUAGGUGCCCCAGACCCAGCUUCCCUAGCAAGGGAUCAACUCUCUCAAAGGGAUGAACAAGGAGAACCAGCUAGAAGUGAAGAUGGCUACGGAGGAUUGGGCUCGAUCAUGUCUGGAGUCAGCUUUCUCGGAAGUUCAGUGAUCAACCGAGGCCUAGACACGUUAGAGACAAUCGGCAAAAAGACCAUGGAAGUUCUUCAAGAAGGAGAUCCAGGAUUGAAAAAGAAGCGAGCUUUGCUUUUCCAAGAUGAGGACAAGCCUAUUUUGUCUCAAAUUUUGAGAGAGGCAAAAGAGAGAGCAGACAACAGUGAUAAGGAAAAGGAAGAGAAAGAAGCUGCAAGAAAAGUUCAUUAUGAAUCUCUUUUUGAUGACUUUCAAGGUAUGGUCCACUUGGAAGCGCUGGAGAUGUUGUCGACACAGAGUGAGUUGAAGUUGCAGUCUCUGAUGCAGUCGUACAGUGGACCUCAGUUGAAGGAUCUAGAGGAGACUCUGUCACAAGUGAGGGACUUGUGUGAACUAACAGAGGAGGAUGAGGAAACUGAAGCACUCACUGCACAACAGUUCGCUGACUCCAUCUCAGAGUGUUUCCUCGGUCUGAAAAUAAAGAUGACCCCAGCAAAAAUAAUAAAGGUGAAUGAAGAGAUAUGUACGAGACUACAGCAGCAGCAGUCAGCAACUGUAGUGAACGAGACGGCCAUCUUGUCUCUGGCAGAGUUGACGGCUGCGGCCAUGGAGUGCUUCCACAAGAGUGCGGAGCUGGUGAUGGCAAAGUCCAUCCACAAUACAGCGGAUGAGGCUGAUAGCUAUUUGCAAUUAACCAAGCACAUGUGUGCCAGGGUCUCGGCUGUGGCCAAUGACUUCACACAACUUUUGACCAAAAAUGACCCAAUCGCCAACAGCUCGUUGAUCACCAAUAUAUUCCUUGAGGCAUCAAACAGCUGUUCAUACAUAAAGAAUGCUUGCCAACUGUUGGUUCCCAUUCUACAAGUAGGGGCUGUAGCUUCAUGAGACCUCUUCAAUGUAAAUAUUCCUUGUUAUAAAUGAUUGUGAAAGGGCCAUUCUGUUUGGACAUUUAAAACUUUCAAGUUUCUACAACGCAAUUUUGUAUGUGUCGUGGAUUAUAGUUGAAUUCAAAGUGAUACAAAAAUGCCAAAUCAUAAUGGUCCUUUUCUAAAAGCAAGGCAAGGUGCUAAGGUAAACACAUUUGAAUUGUGGGUAAAAAAAAAAUAACUAAAAGGGUUGUUAUACAGUAUGAAAGAUAUUUUUAUUAAGUGUAGAUUGUAAGAAAAUAUCUCUUGAAAAGUACAAGGCAUAUUUAUAAAGAUUAAAAACUUGGUGGGCUGAUCUCUGUACUUUAGGCACAACUUUUUUUAUUUAAUGGUUUGUAUCAAUCAUACCUUUUUUGCUUAUGUGAUGUGGUUAGAAACAGAAUCUCAAUUAAAACCCAAAGGACCAUUGUAAAUUAAUUAUGAAGAUUGUUUGAUUGGAUCAUAAAGAUUGAUUCAAGCUCUUGCCUUGCUUGACCUACCCUACACAGCUUUUAUACAACUCUAUAUCGUGAUAUGAAUUAGUUUUGUGAUAUUUUGUGAAUAAAACCAUGCUACAUCCUAAACAA